AUGGCGCCGAUCGACCCCGACGCCGUCCAUCCACUCCUUCCAACGCCCUACCGCUUCACAAACGGCACCGCCACUCUCCGCGUCGACCCGGGCCGCUUCGCCUUUACGCUCGCCGCGGCCACCGCUCCGUCCGAGGUGCUCAGCGCAGCGCUCGCGCGCUACCGGCGCAUCAUGUUUGCGUGGGGCAGCGGGAGCUCGCCGGCCACCGCCGCGACAACGCUGACCGACUGCUCCGUCUCGGUGGCCAAUUCCAGCGACGGCUCCUUUCAGCUCGGCGACGACGAGAGCUAUUCGCUGCGAGUGGCCGCCGACGCGGACUGCCGCCUGUCGGCCAGGACGGUCUGGGGCGCGCUGCGCGGCCUCGAGACUCUCUCCCAGCUGGUCGAGUACUCUCCGUCGGACCGCUGGUAUGAGCUUCGCAAGGCGCCGUGGCAGAUCGAUGACAAGCCAGCGUUUGUGAGCCGUGGCGUGAUGGUCGACACGGCCCGGCACUGGCUCAGCGUGCCGGCCCUGCUCCGGCAGAUCGACGCGCUCGCCUACAGCCGGAUGAACACGCUGCACUGGCACGCCUCGGACGAGGACGCCUUCCCGAUGGGUAGCACAGCCUUCCCCGCGCUCGCCGCGCGCGGCAGCUAUGCGUCCGCCGUGGGCGUGAGCGCGGGCUUGUACAGCGUGGCGGACCAGGAAGCGGUCGUGCAGUACGCGCGCAUGCGAGGCGUGCGCGUCGUCCUCGAGCUGGACUUGCCCGGGCACGCCUCCUCGUGGGCCCUCGCGCGGCCAGACCUCUUCGCGACGUGGCGCUUCCUCGGCCAGCUGAUCGCAGAGUUCGGCGCCCGCUUCCCCGACCGAGUCAUGCACUUUGGAGGCGACGAGGUGGACGCGUCGGUGCGCGCGUGGAUGCGGGAGCAAGGCGCGACCGACUUGCGUGACGUGUACGUCCACUUCGAGAGGAGGCUGCACGCGGCCGCCGCCGAGCACGGCAAGGAGGUGCAGACGUGGGCCGACGCCUUUCGGCGCGUGCACAACGCGUCGGCGCACGGGCGCGGCCCGCCCCUCCCGCGCACCGCUAUCGCGCAGGAGUGGGGCCGGUGGGACGAGGCCGGUAGGGCAGAGAUGGCGGCGGUCGUGCGGUCCGGCGGACGCGCGGUCCGCUCAUCGGGCUUCUACUUUGACGGCGGCUACUCUACCGGCGGGAGAGCGACCGUGUGGGAGGAGGUGAUCAACGCGCAGCUGGUGCCGCCCGGGCUGAGCGCGGAGGAGGAGUCGCGCGUGCUCGGUGCGGAGGCUUGCUUGUGGGGCGAGGUUGCCGACGAGCUCUUCCUCGACCAGAAGCUGUGGCUGCGCGCGUCGGUCCUCGCGGAGCGGCUGUGGACGCCGCACGCAACCAUCGCGGCCUACUGCCACCACAAGCCGUGCUCGUUCGACAACCGCGACUUGCAGCCGCGCAUGGUCAAGAACCGGUGCCGCCUCGUGCAGCGCGGGAUCUUGGCGCAGCCGUACAACACGCAAAUCAUCCCCGACCGGAGCCGCUGGCAGCAAUGCGAGCUCUGGCUGCCACAGAACUGGUCGCGGCGUGGUGCCGCCGGGACAGCGGCAGUUUACAUGUACUAA